AUGCCACUGCUUUCAUACGAAGGUGUGGCGGUAGAUCUUCCGGCGAAUCUCGCAGGAAUCCAGUUCGAGUUUACGUCAGGCUCAUUAACAAUUCGAUGUCGCAACUUUACUGGUGACAUCGUAUUGACCAAGCCAUUAGGAAAACAUUUGAUUGGCGAGGCUACGAGUGCCAUAAAUAAACGCACAAUUGAUCUUAGCGCUAGUAAAGACGAUGAUUCUAAUGUGGAAGUUAAGCGACAGAGACCAAACUUCCUUAAGCAAACAUCACUUCUGUCACAGCUAAAAGACCAUCGUUCGGAAGGUCAAGAUGAGGAUACAAUAAUUGAGCCAGAUGCUGAAGUCGAAGAGAAGAAGACGACAGAGACGGGAAGUGAUGCGUUAAAAUUGACGUUAAAACCGCUUAAGACCAAAGCAACUACAAAGAAAGGAUUAGAAGAGAUGAACAGUCUUAGCUCGCCAGGACCAAAACAAUCGAUUUCGCGCAAAUCGACACCCAACUCUAAAUCGAAAAGGAGCAAAGCUCUCAAACUUUCGCCAGAUUCAUCUUGUAACGAGAUGGUGAUUGAAGCAGCGAAAGUUGAUCCUAAAGUUGUCAAGUGGGAAAUGGUAGAAGCUGUGGGGUCUAAACCACUUGAACGCUGGGGUCAUACUGCUACCAAGAUCUCAGAUGAACGUGUAGUGGUCUACGGAGGCACCGAUGACGACGAGCGCACACUCGGAGAUUUGCACAUAUUUGAUAUGAAGACUCAUCGUUGGACAACACCAAUUAAUUGCGAAACAAUCGCGCGUACUUGGCACGACGCAGUAUUUUUAUCGUCCAAGAAUUUAGUACUUGUCUUUGGAGGUGAGCGCAGUGCUACAGCAGAAGGCGAGUUCGAUAUCCUUUCCGACAUUAUGGUGCUUGACACGGAAUGUUUUUUAUGGUAUCCACCGGCUAUUCAAGGAUCACCUCCUUCGGCACGAAGUGGCCACACAUGCACCGUCAUCGGCAACGAAGUUGUAGUUUUUGGCGGAAGCAGAGGACGCAACCGGCAAAGUUCAGUGCAUAUUUUGGAUACUGAUAAUUGGAAUUGGAAGGCUGUCAAAGUAGAUGGAAAACCUCCCAGUGCCCGAACAUAUCACAGCGCUGUUGUUAUAGGAGAGGAUCGAAUUCUCUACUUUGGGGGCAACGAUUCCUCGAAGAGUUUUAAUUCUGUCCACGUACUGCAAAAGGUGGACGUGAAACCUAGUGGAUCGAGUUGGACGUGGGUUCACCCAUGCGUUACUGGAGUACCACCACAAGAGCGCACAGGUCACUCUGCAACACUUUUGAAUAAUGGCGAGAUACUUAUAUUUGGAGGGUGGGACCCUCAACGCGAUGAUGCAAACGCAUCGACGAAUGUCUUUGAUGAUGCAUUUCUGUUAAACACGAUCACAUGGGAGUGGCAACCGACGACUUUUAACAAUGAUAAGAACGCUGACACCCUAAUGCGAGGACGUGUGGGACAUGGUGCUGUGCUUGAUUGCAAUGGACGCUUGCACCUUUUUGGCGGCCAGAAUGGAGUGGAACAAAGACUGAAGGAUAUUUGCGCAUUAACUGUUUCUGAUGCUGUGCAAAGUGAGCUCAAAUGUUAA